UUUUGACAUCAAAUGCGCUGAGAAUCUUACGGAGUACUACAUCAACGGUAACAUUCACAUUUGGGAGCCUCUAACGGCUAGUAGUUAAAAAGGAAAGUAUUCCAAUUCCAUCACAGCCGUCCGAUCAAACCCAAUCCAACGACGACCCUUACAGAGAGUGAAAAAUAUGACCGUUGAAGAAGAGCCGCUUCGCAGCAAUUUAAAUCCCAAACAGCGAACUCCUCAAACCCUCGCCUCCAUAACCAGAUUUCACUCCAAUCCAAUCUGCUCUGCAAAUAUAAGAUUCUAGAGAAGAAAGCGAAGGGGAAGAAGAAGAAGGAAUCUUUAGAGAGGAUAUAAAUUGUGGCGACUGAAAACCACGCAGAAGGAGCGACGCACAACAGUCGUCUCCAUUCUUUCAUUUCGUGGAUUUUUGGUCGGAAUAGCGCAGAGGAAGAAGAAGAAGAAGCUCCAUCCAUGGCGUCUAGAGCUGUUCUGCGUGACCAACCACCCAGAGGGGGGGAAGGAUUGAAGCAGAAGAAUGUUGCAGCAGAUGGGAGAAACAGAAAGGUUCUCAGAGACAUUGGGAAUCUGAGAAAUGCUCCACUUGAUCAGAUUGGCCGCCCCACCACUAGAGGAUUUUGUGCUCAAGACAAAAUCAAGAAGCCAGUGGUGGCAGCACAGAAGAAAGCAGCUGCUGUGAAACCUUCCCCUGCAAGAUCAAUCAUUGUCAUAAGCUCUGAUGAAGAAGAUGAAGAAGAAGUAGAAAUCUUGAGUGGAAAUAAGAAGGAGAAGAAGAAAACUGGAAAGACUUUCUCCUCUACUCUCACUGCAAGAAGCAAGGCUGCCUGUGGAAUCACCAAGAAGCAACAGAAUGAACAAAUCCUGGAGAUUGAUGCAGCAGAUUCUGGCAAUGAAUUGGCUGUGCUUGACUAUGUUGAAGAUAUCUACAAAUUCUACAAGCUCUCAGAGGAUGAAGGUCGAGUGGGAGAUUACAUGGCGGCGCAACCGGAGAUCAAUGCGAAGAUGAGAGCUAUUCUUGUGGAUUGGAUGGUGGAAGUUCACCGGAAGUUUGAGCUCAUGCCGGAAACUUUCUACCUUACGGUUAACCUAAUUGAUCGAUUUCUUUCGAUGAAGACGGUUUCCAGGAAGGAGCUUCAGCUGGUAGGGAUAAGCGCGAUGCUGAUCGCCUGCAAGUAUGAGGAAAUCUGGGCGCCGGAGGUGAACGAUUUCAUCAUGAUUUCCGACAACGCGUAUGUUAGGGCUCAGGUUUUGGCCAUGGAGAAGACGAUUCUCGGGAAGCUGGAAUGGUACUUGACGGUUCCGACGCCGUACGUUUUUCUCGUGCGGUACAUCAAGGCGGCGGCCGGCGGCGGCGCGGAUGAUGGAAAGGAGGUGGAGAACAUGAGCUUUUUCCUGGCGGAGCUCGGCGUGAUGAGCUACUCAGCCGUCAAAUACGGGCCGUCGAUGCUGGCGGCAUCCGCCGUGUACGUUGCGCGGUGCACGCUCAACGCCGCCGCGGCUCCGCGGUGGACUGAGACGCUCCGGCACCACACGGGGUUUUCGGAGGAGGAGAUCGCGGAUUGCGCGAAGAUGCUGGUUGGCUUCCAUGCCGGCGCGGCGGAGAAUAAGCUGAAGGCCGUUUACAGGAAAUUCUCCAGCCCGGAUAGAGGCGCCGUCGCCCUCUUCCCCCCGGCGGCAGCGCUUCUACCACCGCCUACCGCCGCCGCCAUAACUUGUUGAAUUCCUGGUUCAAAUACUACGCCCAUGGGAUCAAUGCUUGAAUGAUCGAUCUAUGUCAUGUUUUUUUUUGAAGCCAUCGAUCUAUGUUAUGUUAGAAUAUUAAUUUGAAGGAUUUAGUAGUAAAGACAUUAGUUAUGUUUUUUGUUUGUUAAUAUGUUUGGUUUGGUUUUCACUUUGCCCAUGCUAUGUAAGCAUAUGGAUAUCUUCA